UAGACGGGAAAUUCUUAUAAAUCACAAAGGAAAAUAAAUAACCUCACCCAUGGAUGGAAAGAGGCAGCUUGAGAAAAGGGACUUUGGAAAAAGGCUGUCUCUAGACAGCAGUCUUGUGGAAUACAUGGACUCUAAUAAAUACAUUGAACAUCUGCUAACUCAACUAGAGGAGCAACAUAGAAGUCUCUGGAGGGAGAAGUUGGCGGUGGCCAGACUGCAGCGGGAAGUUGCCCAAAGGACAAGUGAGGGGGCCAUGCAUGAGAAGCUGAUCCAUGAACUGGAAGAGGAGAGGCACUUGCGUCUUCAAAGUGAGAAGCGGUUGCGGGAGGUGACCCUUGAGUCUGAGUGCAACAGAAUUCAGAUGCAAGGUCUUCAGCAGCAGUUCUCUAGGAUGGAAGAAACAGUACGAAAUCUAUUGCAGAGUCAAGGAUCUUCAGAGCAGAAAAAAGAAGAAGCUGUUAACACAGUGGUCUAUCAGGAAAGGCUGUCAGAGGAAGAAAAAAACCACAAGGAAGCUUUGGAAGAUCUUCGCAUGGUGGUAGAUGAGGAUUCGAGGAGCGAAAGCAGCAGCACAGAUGAGGGAAAAGACAAGACGAAAUUGCUGUUAGAAAGAUUGAAAGCUCUUGAGGCAGAGAAUUCAGCAUUGGCUUUGGAAAAUGAAAAUCAAAGGGAACAGUAUGAGCGAUGUCUUGAUGAGGUAGCCAACCACGUUGUGCAAGCUCUGCUCACUCAAAAGGAUCUGAGGGAGGAAUGUGUAAAGUUGAAAACCAGAGUGUUUGAUUUAGAACAACAAAAUCGAACGCUAAGUAUUCUGUUCCAGCAGCGAGUGAGACCAGCUUCUGAUCUGCUCCUCCAGAAACUUCACUCACGCAUCUUAGAUCUUUCAUCCGGAGAUUUGCUCUCGGAGGCAGAAAGAAACCGAAGCCUGGCUCAGUCGCUAACGGAUGUUGAGCUACAUGAACGCCCACUGAAUGCAAAAUCAGGAAUCCCCACCUUGAAAUGCCCCAGCUUGGGGAUUGUUGUCCCUGGUCAUCUCUGCCCUCGAAACAGCUGUAGCAGCAGCGAACUAUCUCUUUCAAGCACCUGCAGUGAGUACUCCAGCAGCUCCUCCUACACCUGGCAUGAUGGGAAAAACCUCAGGAAAAUGCAGUCAUCCCAGAACUGGGAUAAAAGGCGAAGUGUUGAUUCUUCCCUCCCAAGUGGCUUUGCCAGUCCUCCGGAUCAACUACCUCCCACUCGUAUCAAGGAAUGCCACAUUUUGGAAGGACUAAGGAAGCUGCAGAAGCGAAAAACAUUAGUUGAACCCUCAUCUGUGAUAACCAAAUGGGGUUAUAAAGACUGCAUGAAUUCAAAUGAAGGAAUAUAUUCUCCAGGAGUGAAGUGUAACAGCCUCAAGGAAUAUCCCCCCUACAAACAAGGUGGCCCCGUGAGCCCCUGGAAGGAGCCACACAAGGCAUUUGUUUAUGAAGCAGAUUCCUAUGAUAAUGCUGAUGAUGAGUCCUCUUCGUUAGCAUUGCUACAAACAGUUCCAAGUCAGGGCUGCAGGCUUCAUGGCAGUAAAUUAACCCACAGUGUUUCCGACAGUCUCGUUGGCUGGGAGCCGUACAGAAAACACUUUUCCGAAGGCACAUUCUCAGUGUAUCCCAGGGAAAGGCCUGAAAAGCUGUUACAUUGUGCCAGCAACUGUCCCUUGCAGAGGAAGUGGUUCCCAAGCUUGCAGUCAUCUCAGCUGCAGAGCGACAAGGACCCCCACAGCCAGGACCACAGCCACAUGGCUGCUGGUCUUCAGCUUUCAGACACAGAUGACAAUGACACUCUCGAUGAGUUGCACAUUGAGAGCAGUGAUGAGAAAAGCCCAUCAGAUUUGUCAUUGACAGCUGAUACCGACAAGUCCACGGAGAACCUGGACAUGCUUGUGGAAUUGGGUGGAUCUCACCAUGGCUCUCCUGACGAGCAUUCAAGGCAGGUGCCCAUCCACUUAGCGACUAGGCCGAAGACAUUCAGCUUCAUUAAGCAGCAAAGGGUGGUGAAAAGGACUUCUUCGGAAGAAUGCAUCACUGUAAUAUUUGAUGCGGAAGAUGGGGAACCCAUUCAGUUCAGCUCGCAGCAGACUGGAAUUGUCACUCUUACCAGAGAUGAAAUGUCUAUUGAUGCUGCCCCUGAUCCACCCACAGGAGAACACACUGGAAUUUCACCUCAGAGAAAUGCCCCUUUCCAGCCAAGCUAUGCUGCAAGAGACUGUACUUUUUUAAAGAGAUCAGGAGAGGAAGAUGAAAAGAACAUUCCAAAACAUAAUGUAGAUGAUAUUCCCACAUCAUCCAUUGAAUCUUUCAGCCCCAGGACAGUAACGCCAGAUACUCAGCAACCAAAACUGACUAAAGCAACACACAGAGCAUCAAACCAGAGUCAUCCCGGGCCAUCGGCAUCUAUGGGUAUCUAUCAGAAGCACAGUCUCACAAGAAUGCCUGCCAGGGGCAAGGUUUCACCCCAGAAAACAAGAAUCAUAGAGGCUGAAACCUGCAUAUUCAGGCCCUCUUCUGGCCCUAUGACUCUUGAGAAGUCACCAUCCUGCAUGCCCAUGAAACUUUCACAGAUCACAAAGACUGAAAGCUCUGGACCCCUCUCAGAUUUACAAGCAGAUUCUCACAUUCCAAAGCACCCUGCACAGCUUUCUCAUGGCUCCAGAAUGCCCAACAGGAGGGACUGGGGACCAUGCUCCAAGAGGCAGACUCCAGGGUCACGGUCAAGGGCCCUUAUGGAGCCUAGCAACAGUGAAGACCCCCCAGCGAAGGACAGACUCUGUGAUUCUGGGCCAGAAGCAGAAUUCAAGUCCCCUUCCCCGCCAACCCCUCCAGACAGGUCGGUUUCCCUGCUGAUCAGGGCUAGUCAUGACUGUUCACCAUUGGCUUCAUCUGCCAGGCCUGAAACCAGGAUCCCUGGUGAAUCACCAAGGACCAUCUUUAAAUGCCCCCUGCUGAAGGGACCCUCCACCCCUGCUGUUUCUUCUCAGGCCACAGCAGAAACACAAAGGAGGAAGCCUUCUAUGGCCUUCAGAAAGCCCACCCUCGCUCACCCUGUGCCCCCUGCAGAGGCAGCAAUUCAAGCCAGAUGCCCUGCUCACAGCCCCUCCUCCACCUCAUCUAGGGUAACUCCAGGACCACCCAGGGCCUCUCCAAAGAGAGGCAUCCCCAGAACCUCUCCUCACCAAAUCCUUGGAACUGCACACAUGGACUUAGGGUUACAGACUCCCAAGAGUUCUCCAUCAAUCCAAGAGUCCCUGGAAACAGCAUCCUGCAAAACCAUAUCUCCAGGUAGAAAAGAGCAGGUGAAUGACAGUGUCCUCACACCUCCCAAGCCUUCCUUCUUUGUGAUGAAUGAGUCAGCAUCACCUCAGAUGAAUAGCCCUCCAUCUUCAUCAUCUUUAUACAAAAGCCAAAUUGCGCCUCAAGGUUGUCCAAACACCCCAGAGAAAGGACUGAAAACCCGCCUCCCUGUGGGACUCAAAGUUCUCAUUAAGUCUCCCCAGUUGCUCAGGAAAAGUUCCACAAUCCCAGGGAAGCAAGAAAAAGAUAGUUUCAAUGAAGCCUCUAAAAUUAGUUCUGGAGCUGUAAACAAGGCCAAACCCAAGGGAUACAUGGCUCCAGCAAGCCUUGAGACUACCAGAGAGGACAGAGACACAUCUGCAAUGGAUUUGCAGAGGCAAAACAGUGCAGCCGAUGGGUUUUCCCCAGAAACAACACUGCUAGAGUCCUUGGAAAACAGUAGCCCCGGGGCUGAGGGGAGAGAUGGACAAGAGAACCGAUCUGUGAAAAGAUCCCUGUCCUCCAGCAAGCCACACUUGAAGCCAGCCCUCGGCAUGAAUGGUGCCAAGGCCCGCAGCCAGAGCUUCAGCGCUCACUCAGGAGACAAGCCCUCCACACCGGCCACCACGGAAGGGCCCGGAAAAGUCCGAACUCAAAUUAUUACCAACACUGCUGACAGGGGAAAUUCUCUUACCCGGCAGAACUCCAAUGUGGAAGGUGUUUUCAACAAGACCCCUUCUGUUCCUAUGCCUGAGAGCCUCCUGAGUGCUGAGAGGCCUCUGGGCUACCCAUCUUCCAAGAACGGCUCCCUGGGGGGUACAGACAGCACCAGCAGCCAUCAUGGGAGCCCUAGUAAGUUGCCUUUGAGGAUCCCUCCAAAACGCGAAGGGAUCCUCCCUCCUGGAGCAGAGCCCCCGCAGACAUACACUCAGGAAGAAUGUGCCAGUGUGCCCGUACCUGUAGAACCAGGCAGUGACCACUGCAGGUGCGUAGCCAUGGCAACAGACUGCCCUGGGGCCUUGCCGAGCCCAGGCAGGACACAGCAUCCCAGCAAUUUUGAAACCAGCAGGAUAUCCAAGAUGGAAACUGUUGAAAGGCAUCCAGAUGCCUCUACAACAAGGACUGGUACUAUGGAUCCAGAAGCCCCCCUCUCACCCACAAUCGAAGAAAAGGUCAUGUUGUGCAUUCAGGAAAAUGUGGAAAAGGGCCAAGUGCAAACAAAGUCGACCUCUGUGGAAGCGAGGCAGAAGCCAGGGCCUUCAUUCGCCAACUGGUUUGGUUUUCGGAAGAGCCGACUUCCAGCUCUCAGUAGCAGGAAAAUGGAUGUUCCCAAAACCAAAAUGGAGAAGAAAGAUGCAAAAGUGCUGGGAUUUGGAAACAAACAGCUAAAAUCAGACAGAAAAAAAGAGAAAAAGAAGCCCGAGCUGCAUUAUGGGAUGGGAAAUGGGCUUAGCAAGGAUACGGAAUCAGCAGAUGGGCCGGAUGGUGGCUUAUCGAGCAAAACCAGUGCGAAAAUGCCACAAAACAUUUACAGCCAAACAAAAUUUGAACCCAGAAGCAGAACCGUCCCAGUCACAUGUCCAACAAAUGACACCUUCAUGACAGAACUGUUGAACAGAGUUGAUAAGAAAGUAGCCCAACAGACAGAAAGUGGAUCAAAUAAUAUUUCCUGCAGGAGUGUGUUAAAGGACAGUUCCCAGAGCUCUUCCACGCCAGGAAACCACAAGAAAAACACCAGGACCAAAGCUGAUACGGAAACACCUAGAGACUCCCUGAUAAAAGGAGAGAAUGACAACUUACAAGAGGAUGACGAGGGUCCUGUUGCAGAUUCCACAUUUCAGAGCCACGUCAUAGAAUCAAACUGCCAGAUGAGGACACUGGACAGUGGGAUCGGGACCUUCCCUCUCCCAGACUCAGGAAAUCGCUCGAUGGGACGGUACCUGUGCCAGCCAGACUCUGCAGAGGACACCGAGCCCCUGCUGUCUCUACAGCCCUCCCCGCCUGCAGCAUGUUCCAUCAGAGUCCAGACCCUAGAACGACAAGUGCCUUCCUCCACACAGAGCCAGCUCUCUGCAGAGAGUGCCAUAGCUCAUUCCACAUCCGACCCCAUCAUGCUGGCCAGAGGGGCACAACCUCUUCACAGCUGCCUCCCUAAACCAGCCUCCUCAGGAAAGCUUGAUUCACAAAAGCAGAGUGAAGCCAAGCCAGGGCCACAGACCUGCUCAUCAUUUGAAUAUGCCAACGACUCCAUGGCUACAGAGCAACUUCCAGGCUGGAAGAGUGAAGACAGUACCACUGAGACCCAGGACAAGGUACUCAGAGUGUGCGUGCUCUCUCAGCAGUAA